AGUAAUACGAGCCAGUCAAGCCGUGUUUUUCACGGCUUACGUAGCCCUCAAAGGUAUUAUUUCCUUUUACAAACCCUUUUGGACCAUUUAAGUAAAGAGUGUAGAUAGCAGAAUGAAUGACUCCAAGAAGAAUUUACUAUUGUUUUUCGACCGGCCGACGGAGCCAUGCUUCAUGCAGAAGGGAGAAGAAAAGGCGGUCUUUGAUAUCCCUGAUCACUUUUACCCCGAAAAAUACAAGGCAUUGAGCAGCACUCUAUCGAAUAGAUUCGGGAAUGAUGCCCGCCGUACUAUCCCUGUGCGGAAUAUUGCCUUGCCCAAUCUAGACCUGCCCAUGGAGCUGUCUUACAACGAUCAAUUCUCACUGUUCGUGCCUAAGCAUCGCCAGAUGGCAGGCAAACUGAUUGAUAUCUUCCUUGGGAUGCGCAACGUAGACGACUUGAUAUCUGUCUGCUCUUUCUGUCAGCUCCGCAUUAACCCCUACAUGUUCAACUAUUGCCUCUCUGUUGCCCUAUUGCACAGGCCUGAUACAAAGGGAUUGAAUAUCCCAACUAUUACGGAGACGUUCCCGGAUAAGUUCAUGGAUCCCAAAGUAUUCCGCCGCGCGCGUGAGGUCUCUACUGUCGUUACUUCCGGCCCUAGGUUGCCCGUGGUGUUACCACAAAACUACACGGCAUCUGACGCAGAGCCAGAACAGCGCUUGGCAUACUUCCGCGAGGAUAUUGGCAUCAACCUGCACCACUGGCACUGGCAUCUGGUGUAUCCCUUCGAAUCGUCAGACCGCGCUAUCGUUGCUAAGGAUAGACGUGGAGAACUGCUCUACUACAUGCAUCAGCAGAUCAUUGCCAGAUAUAACAUCGAACGUUUCUGUAACAAGUUGCCUCGCGUAGUACCUUUUGGUACAGAUUUAAGAGAGCGUAUCACCGAGGCUUACUUUCCUAAACUCGACUCACAAGUCGCCAGCAGAGCUUGGCCUCCAAGGUUCCAAGGUUCGGCACUUCAAGACCUCGAUAGACCCGUAGACCAAAUCAAAAUUGACGUGUCAGAGAUGGAAAUGUGGAAGGCUCGCAUUCUUGAGGCUAUUGAGAGCAACUCCAUUCUUUUACCGAACGGACGUCAAAUGCCACUUGACGAAGAGAAGGGCAUUGAUAUUCUAGGAGAUCUGAUGGAAGCAUCAAUCCUCAGUCCAAAUCGUGCCUAUUACGGCGACUUGCAUAACAUGGGCCAUAUAUUCAUGUCCUAUGCUCAUGACCCGGAUCAUCGUAACUUGGAACAAUUCGGUGUGAUGGGAGACCCGGCUACCACUAUGCGGGACCCGCUGUUCUACCGCUGGCACGGCUUCGUUGAUGACGUUUUCGUCUUGUACAAGAACAAACUACCUCCUUACGGCAAUGACAAGUUGGACUUCCCGGGUAUUCGCGUGUCAUCUGUGUCCGUUGAAGGCAAAGCAGGAAGGAACACAUUCGCGACUCAGUGGGAGCAGAGUACAUUGGAUCUGGGACGUGGACUGGACUUUACGCCUCGUGGCAGCGUGUUGGCACGUUUUACUCAUCUACAACACGAAGAGUUUGAUUACGUUAUCGAAGUUGAUAACUCAUCAGGAAAAGCCGCCAUGGGAACUGUGCGUAUAUUUAUGGCUCCAAUCGCUGAUGAGGCAGGAAACAAGUUCCCCUUCAACGAACAGAGGAGGCUUAUGAUCGAAAUGGACAAGUUUUCGCAAGGCUUACGUCCAGGGAAGAAUACGAUCCGCCGUCGCAGCGUAGACUCCUCUGUGACAAUUCCGUACGAGCGCACCUUCAUGAACCAGAACAACAGACCUGGUGACCCUGGCUCCGCGGAGGCAGCAGAGUUCGACUUCUGCGGCUGCGGCUGGCCGCACCACAUGCUACUGCCUAAGGGUGAUAAUAAGGGAUAUCCGAUGCAGCUCUUCGUUAUGGUGUCUAACUGGGCUGAGGAUGGUAUUAAACAAGAUCUUGUUGGUUCCUGUAACGAUGCAGCAUCGUACUGCGGCAUCCGAGACCGCAAGUACCCAGACAAGCGCGCCAUGGGAUUCCCCUUCGACAGGCCUGUGCCUGCAGGAGUGCAGACUGUCAAGGACUUCUUGAGGCCCAACAUGGCGGUCACUGACUGUAAGAUACGCUUCACGGACGCAGUCAGAGUAAGAGGUGGACAGUAAGUCAACUUUAGUUGAAAUUGAUGCUGCUCUAAAUGGAAAUGGCAAUGAAAAAUGGAUAUAUACGUAAACAUUAAGAUAA